UUUCUAUCCAUUAUGGUUUUGUUUGUUGAAGUUUGAGGUUGUUUGUGGCUUGAUUGUUGAGUCUGAUCUUUAAUUGCAUACCAAACUCGUAAAACUGUUGAAAGUUGGUUUUUGUUGUUAUUAAACUCUAGUAAGUAAAAACUUAUUAUUCAUGAGAACAAAGUAAAUGAACACAAAAUGGAAAACAUGAUUUGUUCGAAUACGCAGCAGACUCUGCAGCAACAUAUCAAAGAGCUUCUGAAACAUAAUUUUGGAAUUUCAGGCAAAAAAGCAACGAUAUCGAAUGUGCGCGCUAGCCAGCCAGGACUGGAGCGUAACGAGGAGACGGUCGACUGCUUCGGAGAUCGAUUCCAGCUUUGCUUUGAAUUUGCCAACCAGUUCGUCUACUGGGAUGUGGUUUUAGACUCUUCAUCAGCCGACAAUCCACCGGAUUUCGAUCUGAAUAACGACGCUUUCACUAAUAACUACAUUACAGUUGACUUGCUGGAGGAGGCCGUACCAAGUCUCAACAAUUGGCAACCCAACAAUCCCGAUGCGCUUAAGAAUGUUGUAUGUGAACUUUUGCAGCUGUUCAAGAAAUAUCAGGUGGAUCAAUUGAAAGAGUUGCAGAAUUACAUUAAUUAUGAGAACGCAAUGGAGAGUGGUUUGGUUAGUGAUUCCGAAGUUUUGAUCGAUUCAACUGGUUUCACUACGUUUCUUUUUCGCCUUCCUAUGGAUAUGAGUGAUUUCGAUGUUGGAGACACGGAAGAUGAUUAUGCGAUCCACGUAUCUCUUGAGUUCAGUCGACCAACUGCCAAAAUGACAAAACCUAAAAUAAAGUUGACACCAGCUCUCCUAGAUGUGAUGCACAUCAAACAAUUCAGUCAAAAGCAAGAAAGCACCUGCUCGGAUAGUGUAGACCUCGCCGAUUUCCUGAGAAGAGUGUUAUACAAAGCGAACACUUCGAUUCUACACCACAAAGUAAAACCGGUCACCAAACGCAAGCGAUUCAUUUUCGAAUUCCUGAAUGUUCGGGGAACAAGUGUUCUCGAGUUUGAUGCUCUUCAGUUUCUACGUGCCUCCUUUUUGCUCAAUGAUGACAAAAAUUUCCUCUGUAUUUUGACAAUAACUCUGACCGAAAGGUUCCCAGUGACUGCGCCUGUUUAUACAUUACGAUCAAUUUAUACCGCGCAAGAAGUAGUAAUUCUGGAAAAUGUGCCUUUCCAUGUUUCAUGGGAUAUUCGAGUUGCAAUUAAGAGAGCUUUGCUGUACAUUGAGAACAAGUUGGAUGAUAUGAAAAACAAGCCAGUCCAUAUUUGAUUGUCUCCUCUCAUUCAAACAGCUAUAAAUUAUUAUCAUGAUACUCGACCCACUUCAUUCAAUUUCGUUCAGUUAUUUUUUGGUCCAAUAUAUGGUCUUAAUUUGUCGGUCCUAUUUUCAAGGUUGGAGCCCAACUUUUACACCCGGUUGCACAAGUCUCUUAACUUUUAAUCCCGAUUAAAUGCCACGAGAACCAAUCAGAGAAGCCUUCUUUUCUUCUCAGAUUGGUUCUCUUGGAAUUUAAUCAUGAUUAAAAUAUAACAGGCUUUUGUACAACCGGGCCUUAACUCUACUUUCCCAUAUGAAUUUCUGCUCAGCUGGGCAGAAAAAUAAUAAAAUCAGUUCUGUUCUUAUAGGAGUGUUCAAGCAUUGCAAUAAUUAAUGUAUGGUGAACACUACUUGAGAGCGAGUGAUAUUAUGUUUUUGUCCAGCAGAGUAUAAAAUCAUGGUCUCAAGGUCUGUUUUUGUCACGGUAACUUAGGCAGAAGUAAACGGUAGAUGAAAUGUAUAUUAUUCAGUUGUUAAAUGAUUUCACCUCUACCAAAAAGCUGAUGUGUCAUACUCAUAUUAGCAAAUCUAUUGACUUUUUUAAUUGAAUGUUUUAAAUCGAACUCUUCGCACAUAACAUUACAUCAACAGUAAUGUGGAAUGACAUUAGAAACACCUAACAUUAAAUAGAAAGAAAUAAUAAUAAUUUAUUGUCAUUAAACUUUCAAAAAAAAGCAAUAGACAACGUCAUAAUCGUUAUUUGCAUAUACAUACAACAUAUACAUAUAAAAUGUAAACAAUAAAUAACAGAACUUUACAAUAAUAAAAUACGCAAUACAUUCAACUUAGAAAUGAAUUGAACCAUCAUUCAAAGCUAGGAACUCAGUAAUAACAUAAAAGGGAUGUCCAACCAGCCACUCCUGAAGCUUACGUCUAAGAACGCUGAUGGGAUAAUCUUUCACCUGUCUUGAUAGCUUAUUGUAGCUUUUGAUCCCAAUUACUUCGUAGCUCUUUGUUGAUUUCGUCAGUCGGUUAAAAGGUACAUUUAUCAUUUCACGAUGCCGAGUGAAAUGCUCAUGUAUGUCCUGCCUACGUUCAAGAUGGGAUAUAUUGUCAAUUGUAUACAGUAUAACCUUAAACAUAUAUACAUUUAUUACUGUCAUUAUUUUCAUGUCCAUGAACAGCGGUCUACAAUGGGCAAGGAAUUGUGCACUAGAAAUUAUUCUAACAGCUUUCUUCUGGAGUACAAGCACACUCCGUAUAUCACUACAGUUUCCCCAUAAAAUAAUUCCAUAUGAUAGCAGACUAUGGAAAAACGCAAAGUAAGCUGAUCUCAAAUACAUGUAGGUCACAUGCUCUCUUAAGUUGUGUAAAAGAUAUAUAACUCUAGAGAGUUUACCAGUCAAAUAUUCAAUAUGUGGCCGCCAAGUCAGCUUCUUAUCCAGGAAAAUACCAAGAAAGUUACUACUUUUAGAGGAGUUCAACAAGGUAGCUCCCCUCAAACCAAAAUGCAGUGACUGGGUCUUGCUCUCAUUCAGUAGGAACCCAUUUGCUCUAAACCAAUCCGAUGCUUUAGACAUAGAUGUUGCCGACGAAGUUUCAAGUUUGUGGAUGUCAUUACUCUCAUUUACAAAAGUUGUAUCAUCGGCAUACAAUAUUGUCUGAUUCUUUACGAAGCUUGGUAGGUCAUUUAUCAUUAGUAUAAAAAGCAGCGGCCCGAGCACGGAACCCUGUGGUACACCAUACUUGACUUCUGAUACCUUGGAUCUUGAUCCCUUAAUACACAGUAUCUGUUUUCGCUUUCGUAGAUAAGAUUUUAAUAAUCUAUUGGGAAAUCCUAUUGCCGCCAUCUUAUCCAGAAGAAAGGAAUGGUCAAUACAAUCAAAUGCCUUGCUCAGGUCACAGAAGGUGGCCUGAACAAAGCGUUUACCCUCAAAAGCCUCAAGAAUUUUAUUGAUGAGUGAAUCAACAGUUUGUGUGGUCGACCUAUUCUUAAUAAAACCAAACUGCUCAUUACAUAUAAUUUUAUGUUGCUUUAUAUUUGCUUAUGAAUUAUAAUUUCAAAAACUUUGGCAAAAAUGGGAAUUAAUGAGAUUGGUCGGUAACUGGAAGGGUAAUUCUUGUCACCUCUCUUAUAAACAGGUAUCACUCUCGAUAGUUUUAGUGUAUCAGGAAAAACGCCUUGCUCUAUGCAUUUAUUUAUACAAUAAACUAAAGGACAUGCUAUGCAAUCACCUAAUUUCCGAAGUAGAUUAUUUGUGAGGCCAUAUAGAUCAACACUGUCAGAUGAUUUUAAUCUAUUCAGAGCAUCCAGGACAUCAUCCAUGGUCACUUCUGCAAACUGAAAAGUAGGCCUCUCUUCUCCAGUGAUGAAAUUCUGCAUCAUAUCCAUUGCAGUCUCAGUAGGUUUCAUUAUUCUACUAUUUAUAUCAUCAACCGCACUCCCACAGAAAUCAUUAAAUUCAUCAGGUGAUACUGGAAUUACGUCGUUGCAUUUACUACCGUUUACUGAACCUAUUAUUUUCCAGGCCAUUUUGCAUUUGUUUGCUGCUUUCUCAAUUCGACCAAUUGUGUGUACUUUCUUAGCAUUCAUAAUUGCUGUUUUAUACUUACUUCUAGCAUCCAAGUAUAAUAGCCUAGUUACCUCCGUGUUAACUUUCUUAUUUAAAACAUUAAGCAUCAACAUAUUGUUUUUCACAUUAGUCAAUUCAGUUGUGUACCAAUCAUUCUUACGUUUAUCAAUUCUGUAUUUCCUGAAAUGUCCAUUAACUUUACACUUUCUUUGAGGUAUAGUGCUAUCAAGGAUACUCAUAAAUUUAUCAAAAAUCUGACCUGCUGUAGACAACUCCAUACUACUAAAAAACCUCACCCAAUUAUAAUUUCUAAGAGAUUCUCUACAAUUGGCCAAUUUUAAGACAUCUAUUGGCCUAGAAGUAACAAUUCUAGCCUGGGUAUUAUUAAUUGAUUUAUCUAUAAAAAAAUUCUUCACAAUUAGACAUACAGAGUCAUGGUCAGAGAAAGUGCAAUUGAUAACUUUUCAAAUCUGAUUCAGUUCUGUGAUGCAAGCAUUUGUAAACACAUUGUCAAGACAAGCUUUCCCUCGUGUCGGCAUAUUAUUCUGUGCUGUAAAGUUAUAUUGCCUAAGUAGGUUCUUGAAAUCAGCUACAUGCCUCUUAUUGACAGUUACAUCGAAAUGCACAUUUAUAUCUCCACCAAUUACAAUUUUAUAGUUUCUCCAUUUAUAACUCGCGUAAAAUAAAAAGAGAGCUUCCAAACUUUCCAAGAAUUUUGAUGGAUCUCCAUUAGGUGACCUAUAGAUAGAUAAAAUUACCACCUUGCUCAUCUCUAUGCAAACACCAGCUAUUUCAAAAUCAAGCUCCUGGCACAUUGACUCAAGUUCUAACUUCUUAGCAUUGCCUGACAGUGCUUCCGUCACAAAGAUUGCAACCCCCCACGCAUAUGAGUAUCCCUACAGUAAGACUGGAUCAAUUUAAAAUUAUCCAACUGUUUAAAAGGCAAUUCAGUCUUCCUACACCAGUGCUCACAUAUACAUAAUACAUCAAAAUUAUUGUCUGCCGCAUAUUCAUUGACUAAUAGAUUUUUAUUCUCAAGGCCUUGUACAUUUAAAUAUCCAAUUCUGAAUUCAAUAUUAGUAGAUGUUAUCAAAUUUACAGCCCGUUUAACUUCAUUAUAGUUAGAAUGUAAUGCUUCCAGGUCCUGUCUGUCUAAAGGUUUUAGGGUUUCUGAUUGAUCUUCUUCUAAAGCAGGACCAUAAACUAGUUUUCCGAAUUACUAGUAUACCCUAACUCAAUAAUAUUCCCGCCAGCAAGCCCACACUCGAACUGUUCUUUUAAUUUUCGAGCCAGUGCAGUUUUUCCCUUUCUAUUCAGAUGUAAUCCAUGCCUUGUGAAGUUUUCUCUACGUAAGUCAGAAAUAUCUAUAACUUUACGUUAUCAAAUUUCCCACAAAUCGUUUUAAUUCUUCUAUUUUUGUUUUUCUUAUUUCGGUGUUGACACAGGACCAGUCCGGUCGAUCAUGCCUCAGUGGAUACUAAUAUAUUUGUAAAAUUCAAUACUUGGAUAAGAGUAAUCAAGCUUCUUAAAAAUUUCGACGCCUCAUUAAAAUAAACAUCAUUCGACCCUCCAAUAACAACCACGUUAUCAUCACAUGAUAAAUCAUGAGUGUCACUUCUUAUAUUAUUAGCAAUAGGGUCAAAUCCUGCGCCUGGCAUGAUAAAACCACUGACAGAUUUUCCGUGCUCAGGUUGACCAAGGUGGUGUACCAAAUCGCGACCGUGACUGUCUCCAUACACUCUUAUUGCAUUACCAUUACACUUAUUAUUACAAGUAGUGUGAGUCACUUUUCCAUUAAUAGGCCUACAACUUUUUUCAAAACUUCGACUGGUUCAGGAUUUGAGGGCUUGAAAUUUCCUUUCUUAAAAAUUUUACUAUAAGUUUGCUCCAUAUCUGCAAUUGACAGGUUUCAAAACCUCACAUGCAUUAGCAAGCAUCCUCCAUCUAUAGCUGGAAGCAUUGAAAUCAUUGUCCAAUUCAAGACCUGCAGUUAAGCAUGUAGAUUUGUUGAUUUUCCUAAAUUUCAAAACCUCUUCAAUAAAAUACAGUGCAAAUACACCACAUUCAAAAGUAUUGUUCUGACGUGGACAGGGCAUACUUAUCAAAUUUGCUGAUUUGAAAUAUGGGCCUAUCCUACUGACCAGAGUACUAGCGUAACUAUCAUUAUGUUUACCCAACAAAUCAAAGCUAAUAAAUUUAUUGAAAACCCUAUCAUACAAUACAGUUCUCCAAUGAGAACCACAUCAUCCAUUAGUACAUUCAGUCUGUUGGCUAUCACUAACAACAAAUGCAAUAAUAUUAUUAUUAUGAUUUACAAUUUUAUUCAGGAAAGACAUAUAAGCUUUUUCAUCAUGUAUGCUCAUAGCAGUUACUGAAGGCAAUAUUACUUAGCUCCCUGGAAAAGAAUUCAUCAGAAAAUUACAAAAACAGUCCAUAUCGGAGUCAGCAAUAAGCUCAGUCCUGAGAAAUCGGCUAAGACGAUCGACUAGGGUGCUUUCCUGUGACACCUCCUGCUCCGGCCUCCCUAGCUGCUCACAAGUCGUCAUCUCCAUUAAACGAAUGUCCAGCUCCAUCGAACGAUUGAUGGCCGCAUUCCAUUGUUCCUCUAGUACUUUUAUUCUGGCUCUUAGUUUGUCAUUAUCCUGUUGUAACUGAUUGUCACCUAUUAACGUCCGAAGGGUAGUAAAACUAUCAUUGUCAUCAUAAUUAUUCUGUUUGUCCACAAUGGAAAGUUCAUCGUCAAUUUCAGUAGUUAGGCCUAUACCAGCCUGACUAAUAUGCUCGUGCGAUCCAUUUAUUUCCCGUACAAUAGAUACAUUUGAAUUUGUUUUUAUCGAUACUGAACAGUUUUUGUAUAAACACCGCCAUGUAACAUCGCCUUUAUUCGAAGUUGAUGCUUUCCUGUACUUUACACCGUUGUACUCAAUAGCAGCAUUACCUCUGGAUGUUUUACACUGUUUGAUAGUGAAGUUCAUAUCAAUUAUGUUGUUGUAACCGUAACGUGAAAAAAAUGCUUUAUUGGAAGAUUGAGAGCUAUAUCAUACAGAACAGUUUGUUGUUGACGUAAGUAGCUAUCGUAAUUCAAACUCUCCCGCCAGCACUUGAAAACAGUUCAAAACUACGUUGCUAUGAUACAAUAAACCCGCUAAAAUACAAAAGUCCGCACAGCUGAUUGCAUUCACUAGCAAUACAAAAUUAAUUAGAAACCGUUCUAAUAGUGUCUUAUCACUUGAAACUGUAGAAAUGAUAAGAAGUUCCGCUCCGAUCACUGGGCUAUAUUAACAGUACAUAUAUAUUUUCAUUCAUAUAGCUUCUUAGUGUUUACUGUUUACUGUGAAUAAACAUGAUUUGACUUGGUACCCCCGAAUGAAUUCAACAACUAGCCGAUUCUUAGGUUAAGUACGCAGUCAGAAACACAAUAUUAAAGCUACCAGAGUUUAAACACAAUUCACAAAGGAUUCACUACAUACAACAGCACACCAUCACUAUUUGGUCUGUAUCAUAACAGUUGAAACUUUUAUAUUACUCACUUAAUUCAUUAAAUUAACUUCAAAUGUAGAGCAACAUGCAGAGUAAACUUCCUAUUCCUGCGUCUGCGCAGAUAUGCGCUUCGCUUCGUGAUAACUGUUUUGCGCGAGCGAUAAAGUCGUAGAGGGUUAUGUGUAACGUUAUUUUUUGUUUGAAAUGAACUAAAAUCGCAUACUAAUAACAUGCAAUGCAAAUAGAUAUUGUUGCAUCAUUGAGGCGACUUCAUUAGCAUGCCUUGGUGUGCACUGCAACAAACUUUCAGUGGUCACCUAUCACUAAAGCGGCCAUAUCUCAGUUAAUAUUAGACCAAUCUUAAUAAAAUUAAGAUUGAUUGUCUCGAUAAAUAAAUAAAUUGGUACCUGUCUCGAUAGGUACCAAUCGAUAAAUAAUCAAAUUUACUAAAAAAAGUUUAAAAAGUUUCUUGUAAAUUUUUUGUAAAACUAAUUUAGAUAUGUUUGUUAUCCAGGAACAAUGUCCUAGAGUAUUGGCAGGGAGUUGGGGAACACUCUGUAGAUCACAAAGGAAAAGAUCAUUUAUAAUAACAAUCAACCAAUUGAAAAUGAAGCAAUUUUUCCCAAAAUGUUGACCACACAUUUUUAAAUAAACAUAAAAAGGAACUAUUCGCUGUAAUAUUUUUAAAUAAACAUAAAAAGGAACUAUUCGCUGUAAUGGUUUAUAAAUUAUCAAUGUUUUAUGAGACUAAUGUCAAAUAGCAUUUGAGAAAAGUAUAGAUAGGGUUCAGAAGUUUAACCAAUCAGCAAAAAAGCUCACCCUUAAAAACUAUUUUUGAAUUUGGCUCCUUAUGAAAAAUAGUAGUUUUUGGCUCAUGUUCUGGAAUCUUGUUCUUGUUAAAAUACUGACAUUUUGCAUUUGUUAAAAUGCUGUAGAAAAGCCGCAAUUAGUUUGAAAUAUCAACCUUCUCGUAAUAUAUUUUAUUAUUCACACUUAUUGUUUAAAGAACCUAUUUAGUUCACAGUUCGUCACAAUUAUUAUCAGAAAUAGAAAUCAAUUUGUUCAAUAAUAAUAAUAAGUAUUCAACUGAGAAAUGAAAUCUUUGUAAAAUAUAUCCGUUCAUGUAUAUAUAUAUAUAUUUAUGUAAAUAGUAAAUUAUAGUAUUAUUUUAAAUGAAAAAGCUCAUUAUUGUUGUGUUAUUGUAGAAAGUUAAAAUCAGGCCUCCAUGUGAAAUUCGAAUCUGCUGGUACCCAGAAGUAAAUAAAAAAUAUAUUUAAAUUCAGUAUUCCGGGUUCUCGUAUACAUUGUUCUCAAUUUAUUUGUUGUUCCACAACAUUUUUGUUCCAAUUUAACAUGCAAAAAUGUUAUUUGUUUUUUAUUCUUCUAGAUAAUUGUAAUCCUUUUUUUAAAUCGUCCAAAUAAUAAACUAUGCAUUUCUUUGAA